AUGCCUGACAUUCAUGAUCGUAUCCGCCAGGAUUUAAUGAACAAAGAGAUUGAGUUAUGGACUGCUCUCACUUCCGCUGAACCAGCACCUCCCAUAAUAAAACUAAGCAACCCCGAAGCCAACUUCCUAUUCCCGAAAAAGGAAGUCCUCACCCUGCAAGACGAGCGCAGAUUUCGCAAGGCUCUGAGACCUCCUUUCCAUCGAUUCGAUAGCUAUGAGAUGCUAGAUGUCCGACUUAUUAUCAUCGAUCUCAUGGCGGGUACAGUCACUUGCAAGGUUCAUGCCCUGAGGGAUAAUAAGAAGUAUCGAGUCACCUCACAUACGACUUGGAGCCAAGCGUCUGAUGGUGAAUGGAGGAUUGUGACGCACCAGGAAACACGUAUUUAG